UUUCUCAGUGCAGCUCGCGUAAAUCUUAUACGGCUCGAUCGAGGUCUCAGUCUCCGCCGCGCAACCCAUCCUCGACAAGGCCACCAUGGCCAACCUAGCGUCCUUCGCGCUGAGGAUCCAAACGCGACUCAAAGUCCAGCCGACGACGCUACACGAGAGCUGGCUGAGACGAGUAGGCACCGCUACCACUCGACGCGCUCACUCGGCCACUGCCGACACUCGCAAUAACAAGGAGAAACUCGCCUCGCUUUCGUACGACGACGUGACCGGAGUCGCAACGCUGUCGAUGUCGAGCAAGCCGGUGAACGCGCUCAAUGCCGACUUUCUGCGCUCGCUCCUGGAGGCGCUCGAGGCGGCGCGCAAAAUCCCGGCUUGCCGAGGCCUGCUGCUCACGUCCUCGCUGCCGGUCUUCAGCGCCGGCCUGGACUUUCGCAUGACGCACGCGAGGGACAAGAAGGCUUUCGCCGACUGCUGGAGGGUCUUGCUCGACUUCUGGUCGAAUCUCUACGGACUGACCACCGAGUUCCCUACCGUCGCCCUCGUCAAUGGAGCCAGCCCAGCCGGUGGCUGCGCGCUCAGUCUGGCCUGCGAUUACAGGGUCAUGCUCCGAGGUAAACACCGCAUCGGUCUCAACGAGACUCCGGUCGGAAUCCCGCCGCCCUACUGGCUCAAGGACGCCAUGGCGACUCUCAUCGGCACGAGAAAAACCGAACUCGCCCUAAUGAGAGGCAGCCUGUGGGAGCCCGAGGAGGCCCUGCGGAUCGGAUUGAUCGACGAGGUGGCCAGCGAUCCGGUCGACGGACUCGCUCGAUGUCACCGAUUCAUCGACGGCUUCGCCGAGCUCUCCCGUGGAGCCAUGGGCCAGCAGAAGAAGCAACUGCGGGCCGAGCUGACCGAGCGAAUGCGCAGCGAUGUCGAACUGCAGAUCGAGCGGCUGACCGAUCAAGUCUUCUGUCACGAGCACCUGGGCAUCGUCGACGAAUUCUUUCGAUCGAAAUCCGAGAAAAAUAAUAAAUGAUCCCUUAUUGCGAUAAAGCAAAAACCACUCGAA